UUCUUGCUCAAAUUGCUUGCUUAAGCAAGCCUUAAAAUGCAGAGACCGUACGUGCGAAAAAGAAGUGUGUGUCAACAGACUGUGGCGCUCUUGUGGAAGAAUAUAAUUCUGAAAUGGAGAAUGAGAAUGCAGAGUUUUCAGGAAUGGUUUUCUUUACUGAUUUUCUUCACCAUAAUAUUUUUAUCACCAUUUGAGAUGUUCAGUGCGGGUGUUCAUGAAAUACCUCAUGCUGUCCUUGGGAAACCUUUGUUCAAUAUUACUGGAGUUAAAAUAGUGUAUGCUCCAGAUACUAAGAUGGCAAGAGAAAUAAUGAAGAAAAUAGAAACACUCUCUCCACUAAAAGGUAUUGAGACAGAAGUGAUGGAAGAUGAAAAGGCCAUGGAAGCAGUGCAGAAAAAGGACAUAGAGGCUGUUGGAGUUAUAUUUCAAGAUGACGUUUCAUAUCGACUUCGAUUUCCUUUAUAUAAAACAAUUACUCCAAACAAAGAUCUUGCUCUUAUAGAUAUAUGUUACAACUACUCUACACAUUAUUGCGAUAAUCCAGUGUACUGGACUCAAGGCUUUGUAUCGCUGCAAUCUAGCAUCGAUAGUGCACUUAUUGAACUGAUCACCAAUCACUCUGUUUGGGAAGAAAUGACUUCUAUUAAUGGCAUCCGUAUGAGAUCACCUUCUGUCACGCUAGGAAUUGAAUUAGAAAAUGGUUUGUUCCUUUGGAUCAUAUCACUCUGUUUUUCUCCAUUUAUGUACUUCUUGGCACUAACUGUUUCAAGAGAGAAACGGAAAUUAAAGGAGAUGAUGAAUUCCAUGGGACUACGAGAUGCAGCUUUCUGGCUCUCCUGGGGUUUGCUGUAUACUAUGUACAUCUCAGUUCCAACGACUGUGUUGUCAUUUUGUUUGAAAGCUACAUAUUUUCACCUAAGCAGCAACUCUGCCAUAUUUCUCCUGUUUUUCCUUUAUGGCACAUCGUCUAUAUGUUUCUGUUUCAUGUUGAUCUGUCUCCUAAAGAAGCCCAGAAUAACUAGCUUUGUUAUCUUCAUCUCCAUUUUCUGUUUUGGAGCCCUCGUCGUUACUACAACAACCAGGAUGAUGCCUCCAACUUUGGAAUUGCUCUUGAGCAUAUUCUGCCCAUUUGCCUUUGGUGCUGGGCUUUCAAAGGCUCUCUAUUUUCAAAAAUAUGGAAGAAUCUUCGAUUUGUCUGUCUUAAUGUUCGAACCGUAUGGUUAUUUCUUGUUUUUUGACAGUGUUUUAUAUAUGCUGCUGGCUUUCUAUUUUGACAAGAUUGUGCCUGACAAAUAUGGGGUGCCUCAUCCUCCACUGUUUUUCUUGAAGAAGACCUAUUGGUUUAAAUCAAAAAGCUCCUAUGUUGAUGAUGCUCCUACAAAUGAACGGAAUCAUGGGAAUAUCUUCAGUGACAAUGCUGAACCUUUGCCUCCUGAAUUUGAUGGGAAGGAAGCCAUAAGACUAAAUAACAUUAAAAAAAUGUACAAAAUGAAAAGCACAGAAACAGAAGCUUUGAAAGGCUUGUCCUUGGAUAUUUAUGAAGGUCAGAUCACUGCAAUUCUUGGUCAUAGUGGAGCUGGAAAAACUACAUUGAUAAACAUCCUCAGUGGACUUUCCAAACCAUCUGAUGGUUCUGCAUCCAUAUUCAAGUACAAUGUAUCUGAAAAGGAACACAUGGAAAAGAUUUGGGAAAUAAGUGCUAUAUGUCCACAAUCCAAUAUUCAGUUUGAAUUUUUAACAGUGAAAGAAAACUUAAAGACAUUUGCUAAAAUAAAAGGGAUACCAUCCAAUGCUGUAGAAAAUGAGGUUGAAAAAUUGUUGACCCUCUUGGACAUCGAGGCCAUCCAAAACACCCAAGCUAAUCAUUUAAGUGGUGGACAAAAACGAAAAUUAUCUCUUGGGAUUACAUUUUUAGGAGAACCACAGGUAUUAUUAUUAGAUGAGCCAACUGCUGGAUUGGAUCCGUAUUCUAGACACCAAGUGUGGGCUUUCCUGAAUGAACGCAAAGCAGAUCGAGUCAUUUUGUUCGCUACCCAGUUUGUGGAUGAAGCUGAUAUCUUUUCUGACCGGAAAGCUAUUAUUUCACAUGGCAGGCUGCAGUGUGUUGGUUCAUCUCUGUUCUUGAAGAAAAAAUGGGGCAUUGGCUAUCAUUUAAGGAUGCAUACCAAUGAGUUUUGUGACUCUGAGAGAAUAUCUUCACUGGUCAAACACUACAUCCCUGCUGCAAAAAAAUCAGGACAACGUGAAAAUGUGCUGAGCUAUACCCUGCCCUUACAAAGCGUGGAUACAUUUUCAGGCUUGUUCAGUGAUAUGGAUCAUCAGACAGACCUAGGAGUUAUUAAUUAUGGAGUAACCAUGACAACUCUAGAAGAUGUCUUCUUGAAGCUAGAGGGAAAUGAAAACAUGAAGGAAGAAGAUUAUGGAAUUCUUCAUGGAGAGGAAGCGACAGAAAAGGAAGAAAUGGAACAGGAUCAGCUGUUGCUCUCAGAUACCGGAAAGGUGACAAUGAAAGGCACAGAGCUCUGGAGACAACAAGUUUGUGCUGUUGCAAGAAUGCACUUUCUAAAUCUCAAGAGGCAGAGCAAGCUCUGGGCAGCCCUGUUACUUCUUUCUGGAGCUAUAUUAGCACCUUAUAUCAUUUAUUUUACCAACUAUGGUGUUUGGUUGAGUCUUCAAUACGAAGAGAUGCACCCUGGGCUUUAUUUUGAGCCAGGGAAGCAGUUUUUCAUGGGGACAUCAGGACUUCUGAUCCUUAAUAAUACAGGUGGAAACAUUGACAAUUUCAUCAAGGCACUGAAGAGUCAGAACAUCCUGAUGGAUGUUAUCUCUGGUAACAAUGUCAGUGACCAGCUAGUUCACAAUGGGGCCAUAAGAGUAGACCUUGAAGACAAGAAAUACAGGUUCACAUUUAUGUGCCACACAGAAAUAACUAACUGCUUUCCUGUCCUUAUCAACAUCAUCAGCAAUGCAUUUUUGCACAUGUUUAAUUCUACUGCCCAUCUUCGAACCUGGAAUCAUGUAUUUAUUAGGUCUAGUCUGAAUGAUGACCUUUGGUUUUUUAUGGAAAUUUACUUGAUUGCAGCCUCAGUUGUAUUACCUGCUUUUCCACCACAAUUUGCAAUGACAAGCAUUCAAGAUUACACGAUAAGAACUCGCUCUCAACUGCGGACCUCAGGACUUUUUCCUUCUGCCUACUGGUGUGGACAAGCUCUGGUGGAUAUGCCCUUGCAUUGCAUUCUACUUCUUUUAGUGCUUUGGCCAUCGUUUUUAAAAUUAGGAGUUGCAAAUCCUCGGUUUAUACCCAGCUUGAUUAUCUGCUUGGUGGCAUUUUUCCUUGGCUACAGUAUAUCGAUUGUCUUAUUCCUAUACAUAACUGCCUUCGUAUUUCGCCAAAAAAAGCAUACCACCAGUUUUUGGUCAGUCAUCUCUAUUUUAGUUGUAUUGGUUUUGAUCAUAAUAAGUUUCAUUACAGAGGACUACAUAAGAAACGCAUUAAAUGUUUUUGUUCCUAUGUUUCCAGUUACAAGCUUUAUACUUUCUUUUAUAGUGCUGCUGAGAGGUAGUUAUAUUGAUGAUGAAAGAAGUAUUUCAUAUCAGAAAGAGCUCUUCAUAUCCUCCUUCAUGCCUUAUUUGCAGGGUAUAAUUUUCAUUUUUUUACUGCGUUAUCUGGUGAUGAGAUGUGACCAAACAGUUAUGAGAAGAGAUCCCAUUUUUAGGAUUUCUCCACAAAGGAAAAGAACCCAUCAGAAUCCUGAAGAGCUCAGCCAAGAGGAUGACAGAGAUGUUCUAGAUGAAAGGGCAAGAGUUCAGAGUGCAUUGGCCCCUGAUAGUCAAGAGAAACCAGUUAUCAUUGUCCAUGACCUGCGCAAAGAAUACAAAAAUGGGAAGACUUGUUCCUCUUCCUGUUUCAAGAAGAAGGAAGAAAAGAAAGUGGCUGCCAGAAACAUCUCCUUUUGCGUUAAAAAAGGAGAGAUUUUAGGGCUUCUGGGACCCAAUGGAGCUGGUAAAAGUACAACAAUUAACAUGAUAAUGGGAGACAUGGAGCCAAGUGCAGGACAGGUGCAGAUUAAAGGAUCUGAUGGAGCUGCCACAGAAGAAAAUGCCGCUGGCUUUCUUGGCUACUGUCCUCAGGAGAAGGGCCUCUGGUCCAACCUGACUGUGAAAGAACAUUUGGAGAUUUAUGCAGCUGUAAAAGGGAUAAGGAAGGAUGCUGCUAUUAUGGCUAUUAAUCGAAUAGCUGGGGCUCUAGAACUCCGAGGGCAUUUAAAAAAGACAGUAAAGACUUUAGCAGCUGGAUUAACCAGAAAGCUGUGCUUUGCUCUGAGCGUGCUGGGUAAUCCCACUGUGAUGCUUUUGGAUGAACCAACCACAGGCCUGGAUGCACAAGGAAAGCGCCAGGUGUGGAAAGCAAUUCGCUCUAUGCUGCAAGACAGGGAUGAAGGAGCCAUUUUGACAACUCACCACAUGGAGGAAGCUGAGGCAGUGUGCGACCGAGUGGCUAUCAUGGUUUCUGGACAGCUCAGGUGCCUUGGUUCAAUGCAGUAUUUGAAAAGCAAAUUUGGGAAAAAUUAUUUGCUACAAAUAAAAGUAAAGGGAGUAGAACAAGGAGAUCUCGUGAAUAGUCAGAUUCUAAAGAUGUUCCCACAAGCAGCUCGUCAAGAAAGGAUAUCCACUUUGUUGGCCUAUAAGAUCCCAAUGGAAGAUGCACUGCCUCUCUCUAAAGCCUUUGCCAUGCUAGAAGACGCUAAACAGCGUUUCAAUCUUGAAGAGUACAGCUUCUCUCUGAACACUUUGGAACAGGUAUUCCUACAACUGUGCAAAGAACAAGAGCGAGAUUAUUUUGAUUUGGCUCCAAAUGAAACUUUUGUAUGGAAGGAACUUUAGCAUCAACAGCAUAGUUGAAAGACUAAUCCACAACAGAGGCAAGCACUGAUUUCUUCCGCCAGAGAAUACAGAGGGCAGAUAAGGUCGAACACUCUCUGAAGAAUGUUGUGUCUGAUCUGGCCUUAGACUGGAAGCCCCUUGGGGAAAGAACAUGCCAUUUCUGUGGUCUUCUCUCUGCUUAGCAAGGAUGCCUAAUUGUCUGUGAAACUAGCCUCCGUAUUUAUCAUGUCUAGAGGUAUAACAUUUCUGAACAUUUCACAACUAACAGGAAAAUGAAUGUUUCUGCACUGUUUUAUUUUUCAUGAAAAAAACUGGAAAUGGAAAUAUACAUAAUAUUUUAAAAAUAUAUUGUUUAUAGCUUAGUAUAUAAACAUGUAUUGGUGGUAUUUUUUUUCUUAAAAUAUGUUAAUUUCUUAAUUCAGAUAACAAUUCAAUGUAUACCCGGUGUUUAUUGGGUAGAUAAAUAAGCAACUAUACUCUAAAUACCUAUGCAUCUUUGUCUCCCUCAUCGUCUAUUUUAAUGAAGAGUAAUAUAGCUGAUCCAAUUAACUAUUGGAUCAAGAGUUAUUAAAUAUCAUCGCAAGCUAUAUCAAACUGCUUCUGUGAAAUAAGAGAAAAUUCUUGCUGAUGAGUAAACUUUUUUAGUAAGAGAAAAUGCCUCGUAUGCCAUUGUUAAACUAUUAAAUAUCUUACAGAAAAGUAUGCUAUACUGUCUAAUGGACUAUUACAUGUAGGCUUUAUAAAUUUAAAACCAGCCUUUGAUACCAUUUUCUGUGAUUUGACUUAGAAGAAAUUUGAAAAUUAUCUCAAUAGAAUAUUGGUGAUUCCUGCUGAUUAAGUAGCUGUAAGUAGAAGUUCCUGUUCAGAUUAGAUGUAAUAACAGGGACAUCUUUCUUCCCCAUCCCAUAGCAGGAAGGGGUUAAGUAAGGCCACAUAUUAACAUCAACUUUGUCUAAUGUUUAUAUUUUAUAUUAGAAAUUAUCAAAAAAGAGCACCACCCAUCUAGUUUGGUGGGUCAGUGAAUAGCAGUUUUGUCAUAUAUAGACAAUGCUGAAAUUCUUUCAUUAGCAUCUGUUGGGCUGAAGACCAUAUGAUGGGCUCUAGAUGUUGACUGUAAGGAGGACAGUCUGUUGGUAAAUUACCAGAAGACAAAGGUGGUGUUUUCAAACUACUAAGCACACACAGAAUUGGUGUUUUCUAACUUCCUGGAAAACAUGAGUAAAUUUGUAAAAGCACAAAAUCUCAGGAAACUAAGCAGCUAUACUCAGGUAUUUUAGUACUGUUUGGAGAAGGAUCUUAUUCCAGUUGUUUUACAUGCUUUUGAGACUUAAAGUUAUAGCUCAGUUUAUGGACUCAAAUCUAUCCAAACACAGAUACUGAUUUUGGUCCACUGAUGAUAACAGACACUAACUUUUUAAGGGAUAUUGUAUCUGAUAUGCCUUUAAUUAAGGCAAGGGCAUGGGUCUUACAUCUUAAUUAUGGGAAAAACAUAAUAUUUUCCUCAGCCUCCUUAGUACUAAUCCCAACCAAUUCCAUUCACUUUCACUGGAGAAAAAUUAUAAUACAAAUCUUAGUGAUUGUGGUUGUAAUUUGUAAUUUUUAUGCAGAUAGACAUACUGUAGUUAAAAAGACCCUAAAACAAAGAUUUUGAAAAUCUAGAGCUUUCAAAAGAUUUGACUUAUUUGCCAUUAUUUUCACCACUACUGGGCACAAAGAAACCCCUGCUUUCUACAUAUCCAGUCUACAUAUCCUGAUCUCAAAGCACUACAGAAAAGCUCUCACUUUGGUUUCCUGUCUGCAUCAUUUGAGGGCAGAUUCUGCCAUAUUGCUGAUGAAAGCUGCCCCCGAUCAUGCUGCAUGGAGGAAAUCAAAUCCAUUGCACACAUACUCUUAAUAUGCCCUCAAUACAAGAUAGAUUACACCUUUCUUGAGGGAAAAAUCUGCAGUGAUGGAAGUGCAAACAAAUAUAUUUUUCCCAGUAGAACAGAGACUUAAAUACAGAUAAUCAAGCAAGGUUUUACUUAAUAGCAAAAAAGGAGUCAACGUUUAUAAUAACAUUGAACUCUUUGUAAUAUAUCAUUACUGAACAUUAUAUGGAAAAUAACUGUCAUUUAAGCAAUAAAUACCAUAUAUGUUAUU